AAAAUUUACAUGCAAGCCGUUCUCAUCUUAGUCUGUGACCGGAGCAACCCUACCCCACUAUUUCUUGACGUUGGCUUUACCCCAACUUUACCCCACCUUUUUCUACUUCAUACUUCCUCUAAUAUUCCAUCACUUCGAUAUCUCUACAUCAGUCUUCGACAUUGCGUGCCCUUUAUAAGGCAACAAAAUUGUCGUAUAUAGACAAUGGAAACCCAGCCAGCGCCCACCGACGGCCCUUCCCCGCAGUCGGUCAAUGGGUCAUCCUACCCAGCAGAGACUCACCAGUCACAACCCCGGUUCCUUGCUUGUCUUCGAUGCAGAGCAAAGAAAGCGAAAUGCGACAACAUCCAGCCCGUGUGCGGCACAUGCGCCAAAGUCAGUGCAGAAUGCGUCAGGCCGAGCGGGCGACGGCGAAAGCGCACUCGGAAAGAGAUGGAGGAGGCUGAACGGGAGGAUCCGUCCCUCAAGCGGUCGCGGAGCGCAUAUAAUGACAGGAGCUUCAAGCAUUUACCGAUGCAACAUGGCAAUGUGGUUCAGCAAAUACAGUAUCCUAUACCCUUCACAUCGGCCCCUGCGAUGUUCUCCCAGCCCCGCCCUCCGCCAUCGGUGCAGCACGGACAGGACUUCUCCCAACCAUUACUCCCGAAACAUGAACCGGACACUUAUGGCUCUAUGUCGCCUCCGACCACUCCUGCAGUGCAUCCAGACGCAGGAAAGAUGGUAGAGGCUCUGAGCCGCCCAAUGGCAUACCUCGAAGGCGAUCCCGGAGAGAGCAAAACGCUCAAAGUUCGCUAUUUUCGCUUUUCUGGGCGUACGGCAAUACAUCCAGGAUUCAACGAGAUUGUCAUCAAGCUCCGUAGCUCGGCAGCAGGGUCACACUCGAACUCGCCGGACGGAAGAACCAUAGGGCUAGACCAUCUUUCUCCCGCGGAGCCUAUACUCGAGGACAUAUCCUCUUUACCCCCAGAUGUCUCACUAAUUGAUACGUUUUUCGACCAUUUCUGGCAGCAUUGGCCUUUCCUUCGGAGAGAAAGAGUGGAGGAACGCAUCAAGAGUGGGACAAUGUCAGCAUUCCUGCUGCAUGCAAUGAACGCGUUGGCUGUCCGAUUUGCGCCUCAUCCUACGCGUAAACCAUCCCAGUACAUCGAGGCUGCCUGGAGCCUAGUACCGCCACUUCUGCGAUUACCGUCAACCGAUGUCGUGGGCGGCUUGAUAUUGCUGUCGUGGGCUGAGUUCGGCGAGAGCUCUGAGAGUGGUCUCUGGAACUUUUCGGGACUGGCUAUUAGAAUGGCGGUAGAUAUAGGACUUCAUAAGACCGACAUUGAAUCACCGGAUGACGAGGAUGUGUGCGACGGGAAGAUAUUGUUCUGGUGUCUUUUCGUAAUGGAUCGCGUAUUGGCGUUUGGAACUGGUCGCUCCGUAACGAUUGAUGAGGAUAUCAUUGAGAUCCCGCUGCCCACAGAGAGUGAUUUCAUCCCUCAUAGCUGCUCAGCGCCUCCGGUCCUAUCCCCGUUCGUCGGAAUUGUUAGGCUAUUCGCUCUAGCCGGACGGAUAGCUGACGUGAUGAACGGGAGUCGAGGGUGCCCUCGCACAUUCGUGUCAAACCCUGUCGUCCAUAGCCCCGAAAGCUUGCAGGAGUUGCAGGACCAACUAGUCGAGUUCCUUGGAACCUUGCCGCCAGGUCUGAGCUGGUCAGUUGACAAUUUUCGAGCACAAUCCGCUCAACACCAGGGUGGCAGCUUUCUCUUUUUACACCUUUGGGCGAAUGCUGUCCUGGCGCUGAUACAUCACCCCAAUUUGGGACAUAGCCUCAGCGGUCAGGAGACACCCAUCUCGUCCGGUGUUAAACGGUCCAUAAAGCUGUCUCUGGCAUCUUCACGACAGAUCGCCGACUGUCUUGUUUUUGCGGAUCUAUUCGAUGCGGCGUCCUACUGUGCCAACCCGUUCCUUAAUCAAUGCAUUUUUAUUGCUGGCGUCGCAUUCAUACACGAUGCGCAGUCGGAAGAUCUAACGGUCGGUGUACACUCAGAGUUUCUUAACGGGUUAGUCAAGCAGAAUUUGUCUGCGCUGUUGAAAGCCUUGAAGAGGAUGGAGGUGUAUUGGAAUGGACUCGGAUAUGUUAUUAGUGUAUUGGAACAGCGGGCCAGCGGCCGUGGAUGGUCAAAGGUUGAUUUUUCGAUCACGUCGGAUAAGGCUAAUAAUUUUAUUUCGCUCCCGGAUGCUGGUCUUCUGCGGAGACUUACUCGUGUGAAGGACUUGUCGCCCAGUAGCAAUAGUCCUCGAGACAACGUCGCUCUCAUUGAUAGUAUCCCACAAGUCCAGCUAUUGGCACCACCCGAAUCGACCAGUUGGUCCUUCGAGUCCCUGCUUUCUUCGUACCAAGUUGAAGAGGUGACCGCUUCGGACACCGGAUAUGAUUUCUCUGAUAUUUUUCCCGAGGGUUUUGAAUGGUAGAUCGGUAGAUUAUUUCUUUUUCUAUGGGAUUAGACGGUUUAUAAUGUGAUUUCUGUAUGUAUAUUCACUUCCUAAUUCCCGGGUAAUCUUCUGUCGACGAGUAUCCUAGAUAUAUUCUAGGUCGUCUUCCCCCGAUACAUCUUCGCCGUGUUCUUCAUCUUGCCUGUUUUCCUCCCCCAGCUCUGGGGCACUAUUUCCAUAC